GAAUGACUGCCCUGCCACCUGCGACUGAAAUCAAAGUGCAUCACUGCCUGCGUUUUGAAUCAGAUUCGAAUAAGGAUCUCAUAAAGAUCGAUGCCUGUGUACAUAGGCUCUCGUGCACAUUACUACUUUAUUCCUCCGAUUAUUGCGCUAAUGAUGAUCCCCCGCUUAUAUAUUUGGCUCAGCUGCGCACAUUUCGUUCUACUCUACUACUGUAUCAAUACAUUGCAUAGAUCCGCGACAUCACAUCGUUACUUUCGCAUCCAUACACUUACCAAUGUCUCUUAUUUACGUACGGGAAUACCAUUGUUUUAUGAACCACUAGUAGCCCUUGGUUUGACAACUUGACUUCGCUCCGAGCAAGGGUCAACUUGAAAGAGCUCGCUCCUUAUCCUUCAGCUUCAACUUGACAAGUCACCCCUGAAGGCUGACUUGCCAGUUACCAAGACUUUAUAUCAACGAGUGGGCGAACGAUGAGGGCA